AUGGACUUCAUAUUCCUUUCCUUCUUCUCCUCCAAAACUUACUCUUUCUAUGGCCUUCUUUAUACUUUUCUUCUUCUGUUAAGCAUCAUACUCUUAAUAUUGCCAUACUUUUCUUUUUAUUCUUCUGUUCUCCAUCUUAAUCAUUCUAUUUACUUUCCUUCUUCUGCUCUCCAUCCUACACUUUCUAAGACCGUCAUUUUCUUUUUCAUUUCUGUUAUCCAUUCUACUAUUUCCAUGAACUUUGUUUACUUUUCUUCUUUUGCUCUCCAUCCACCUCUUUCUAUAGUUUACUUCCUUUCUUCUUCUUCUUCUUCUUCUUCUUCUUCUUCAGCCUACUUUUUUGAUAUCCUACUUUUUGCCGUUUCUUCUCCAUUUCUCCAUCCUCAUAUUUCUAGUUUUUUUUUCCCCCCUUCUCUUCUGCUUUAUUUUCUUCAUUCUCCAUUUUCUUUAGAUGUUUCUUUUCUUUUUCUUUUUUCUACAUCCUUCUAUUUAGAUAUCCUUACUUUUCCUUUUCUUCCUCUGUUCUACAUCCUACUCUUUUGA